ACUACGCCUGCGCAACCUCAGCCCCGCCCCUCCGCUGCUUUCCCCGGAAACGUUUCUUUCCUACGCAGCCGCUCCUGCCGCUGUGGUCGCUGGAGCUUUGCCUCUCUAGGCCGGCAGCGCCUCUCCUCCAUGGUCCUGUCUGUCAGCGCUGUUUUGGGAGCCCGCCGGUGAGGCCGGGCCACGCUCGGACACUUCGAUCGUCGAGUCUGUCACUGGGCAUGGCGGGUCAGUUCCGCAGCUACGUGUGGGACCCGCUGCUGAUCCUGUCGCAGAUCGUCCUCAUGCAGACCGUGUAUUACGGCUCGCUGGGCCUGUGGCUGGCGCUGGUGGACGGGCUAGUGCGAAGCAGCCCCUCGCUGGACCAGAUGUUCGACGCCGAGAUCCUGGGCUUUUCCACCCCUCCAGGCCGGCUCUCCAUGAUGUCCUUCAUCCUCAACGCCCUCACCUGUGCCCUGGGCUUGCUGUACUUCAUCCGGCGAGGAAAGCAGUGUCUGGAUUUCACUGUCACUGUCCAUUUCUUUCACCUCCUGGGCUGCUGGUUCUACAGCUCCCGUUUCCCCUCGGCGCUGACCUGGUGGCUGGUCCAAGCCGUGUGCAUUGCACUCAUGGCUGUCAUCGGGGAGUACCUGUGCAUGCGGACGGAGCUCAAGGAGAUACCCCUCAACUCAGCCCCUAAAUCCAAUGUCUAGAAUCAGGCCCUUUGGACAUCCUGCUGACACUUGGGCCCCUUAACACCUUGGGCUGCUCAGACCCUCCAGAUGAGGUCCAGCCCAGAUCUGAGAGGAACCCUGGAAAUGUGAAGUCUCUGUUGGUGUGGGAGAGAUAGUGAGGGCCUGUCAAAGAAGGCAGGUAGCAGUCAGCAUGACAGCUACAAGAAUGGCCUCUGUCUGCUGAAGCCUUGGUAUCUGAGAGGUCAGGAAGGGGACCUCUUUGAGGGUAAUAACAGAAUUGGAACCAUGCCACUCUUGAGCCACAAUACCUGUCACCAGCCUGUUGUUUUAAGAGAGAAAAAAAAUCAAGGAUAUCUGAUUGGAGCAAACCACUUCUUUAGUCAUCUGUCUUACCUCCCUGGGACAGCUGUUGCCUUUGCAGUGUUGCCGAAUCACAGCAGUUCUGUUGGAGAAACGCUUGGUUUCCGGAUCCAGAGCCACAGAAAGAAAUGUAGGUGUGAAGUAUUAGGCCGCUGUCAGGGAGAGGAUGGCAGAUGGAGGCAUCAAGCACAAGGAAAAUGCACAACCUGUGCCCUGUUAUACACACGUUCGUGUGCACCCAAGAACCUAUGACUUUCUUCCAGUUCCUUCUACCAGGUCCCCAUCCUGCUGCCAGCUCUCAACAUAGCAGGCCAUAGGACCCACAGAAGAAUCCCAGCGUUGCUCAAAGUCUAACCAUCAUAAAGACACUGCCUGUCUUCUAGGAAUGACCAGGCACCCAGCUCCCACUGGACUCCAGUUCUUUUUCCUGCCUUAUUUAGAAUUCUUUGGCGGGAAGGGUAUGAUGGGUUCCCAGAGACAAGAAGCCCAACCUUCUGGCCUGGGCUGUGCUGAUAGUGCUGAGGGAGAUAGGAAUUUGCUGCUAAGAUUUUUCUUUGGGGUGGAGUUUCCUCUGUGAGGGGCUUGCAGCUGUCCUUCCUGUGUAUACAAAUACAGUAUUUUCCAUGGU